AUGGCCAUUCCACGAAGCACUCAAGCGUAUAAGCUGGCGUCGUUUGACAAGAGCUUCGAUGGACUCGAGGUGCAGGAUGUUCCGCUGCCUUCGCAGUUGGAGCCAACACAGGUGCUGGUUGAGAUCCAUGCCGUGUCACUCAACGCUAGGGACUAUCAGAUCGCAACGGGUACGUACCCAGCCCCAACGUCUCCUCCUAGCGGCCUGAUCCCGGUUUCUGAUGGCGCUGGCAAGGUCGUGGCCAUAGGAUCCGCUGUCUCAACUGUCGGCGUUGGUGCCCGAGUGGUCACCCAUCUCACUGCCGACUGGAAACACGGAGAGAUUGGCAACGACAUGCAAACGCGGGCGCUUGGAGGUGGAAUCGACGGUGUGCUAGCAAAGCACGUAGUGCUGGACCAGUACAAUGUGCUGCCGAUACCUGACCAUCUGGACUAUCGGCAAGCGGCGAGCCUGCCCGUUGCCGGGCUCACGGCGUUCCACUGCCUGUUUGGGUCUGAUAGGACGUUGCAGCCGGGGCAGACGUUGUUGGUGGAAGGCACGGGAGGGGUAAGCAUCGCAGCGCUCCAGCUAGCGCUUGCCUGCGGGGCCCGACCCAUCGUCAUCUCGAGCUCGGACGAGAAGCUCCGCCUAGUCCAGAAGCUCGGCGUCCACGCAAACGACUGUAUCAACUACAGCACAGACAAGCGAUGGUGGCAAACCGUUCGCUCGCUCACUGCGCGCUCCCAAGGCGUCGACCACACGAUCGACAUCGCCGGCGGCACCACCCUCACCCGUGCGCUGCUCGCCACCAAAUCCUACGGUUCCAUCUGGAUCGUCGGCUACAUGGACGACUACAAACCCCCUUCCUCCACUCAGCAGGCUGAACAAGCGCUACCAGACGUCGCCAAAGCUGUGCUCUACUCGCAGGCCCAGCUGCGCGGGGUCAUGUGCGGAAGCUACCAGCUGUUCCAACAAUAUCUGGACGCGCAUGUGGACGCGCAUGAGGAUGUACAGCGCAAAGUCGAAGCUGGAAGGGCGCACGAGAACGUGCUGGCCCCGUUGGUCAUCGAUGAGCAGGUGUUCCCGUUCGAGCAUGCCAAGGAUGCGUUCCGCGCCCAAGGGUCGGGCAAGUUUGUUGGGAAGAUCAUCAUCGACGUCGCUUCCAAGUGA